AUGGGUCAGACAAGAAAUUAUACCUCUGAUUAUGGUUCGCCAGGUGACAAUGCGGUUGGCGGUAACUCGCAGGACUACAACCGCUCAGGCAACACGGGCUCAAGCAUGGCGAACCAGGUUGAAUCGCGUGCUGAAUCGGAGGUCAAUCAACGUACCGGUCAGCAAGUCUUUGGUGGUGGUGGUGCUGCCGCUGGAGGUAGUAGCUACAAUGCACCUGAGUCUGGGAAGAGACGUAGUUCCGGUUCGAAGUUCUUGAACAAGCUUGAUCCCCGGACACGCAACUCGGAUUAUGCCAAUGAUGCUAUGGCAAGUCAGCGAGACAAUUAA